AUGAUUAGGAAGUUGACUUAUACACUUACGCCAUCAAUUGACGGGUGCGCCAACAUCGGUUUGUUUUUGCUACCAACGUUUUCACGACCCCACCAUACGAUGAUAUAUCAAUUAACUUCUAGCACAAAUUUCCACUUCAACUUUCGACAUACUAAUCAGAGAACUAGCUUUCAAAUUUUCCGUCGUCCCUUUUGUCGUUACCGAUGGCACGAAAACAAAUGA